AUGUUCCUUAUGAAUGCUGCUCCUUUGGUAGCUCUUCAGACAAAAUGGGAGUCCUUUGGACCAGCAAGGAACUGUAGAUAUCCCAGUUGCUUCUCUGACUCUGAAGGGGACAUCGCUAGAACCUCCGUAAGUGCAAAAGUUCAGAUGAUCAUAAACAACCUGCAAAGUCACGAGUCUCCCCUGGGUAUGAACAAUGAGUAUGAUUGUAUUAUGCAGAAGAAACAACAGGGAGAAAAGGGCAGUAGUAACCGAGUUGCAUCUAGCACCACGCUGCUGCAGAAGCAUCCUCAGUACACCAAGUGUGGAUGCCCCGCUGAUUCGGACCCUGAAGUGGAAGAAAACGUGGGGUUUGGGACUCUCCUGCUCGAUUCUGAUAGCGACGAUUCUGUUGACCGAGGGAUCGAGGAAGCCAUUCAAGAGUACUUGAAAACAAAAAGCAAAAGUGAGCCAACAUUGCAAAGGAAUGCAGAGCGUGCUGAAAAUAUAGGCAGAGACAAAAGGUUUAAGAGAGAAUUCUCACAGAGUGAAAUGGCUGGUAACCUUCUCCCUGUGAAAUUUAAGGCUGAGAUGCUCUCUGAAGAGUACCUGUCCGACCACCUGGGCAUUGGUAACAGGCUCCAGCCUGCUUCCCCUCAGAGCAUCAGUAGCGAUGACUCUUUUGAACAGAGCAUACAAGCUGAAAUAGUGCAGUUCUUGAAUGAGAAGAAGCAGCAAGAAAUUAGUAAAUCCGUCAUUGGGGAGGAUAAAAAAGAUUCACAUGUGAGAUCUAUCCUAAAAUGCAACAAAGAAACGACAAACAAAACAAACUGUGGUGCUCUAAAGCAAGGUUGUAACCCGCUCCUCUUGAGACACCAUCCCGAGCUGCAGAAAACCAGCACGCAGUCCAAGUGUUUGCAGUCUAAAAUCCAAGAAGAGCCCAGUGAUUUCAGCCAAGUGAACCAAGCGUAUCUAGAGAUGGCCACUGCCAGCCAGCCUUGGUUAGUGCAGCAAAAUGAAGAAAGCAGAGCUAAUUACUGGGGGACGAGAGGAGCACUCAUCAACGAGAGCGUACACGCGUCUGACUCGAGUAGCGACGAUGGCAUUGAAGAAGCCAUUCAGCUUUAUCAGCUGGAGAAGAUCAGGAGGGAGGCAGCUCAUGCAACAGACUGUGUCCCUUUGCAGAGGGAGCAAUUUGAUGCAAAGGGUAUGGCAGACAUUUCUGCCAGCCUGACCAUUAGCUCAACAAAAAGUGCCUCACCUGAAAUCCAUAAAAGCCCUAUAAGCAACAAGAGAAAAGAAAUUAAUUCCAAGUCAACAGAAUUAGAAAGCACCAGCACUGAAUUGAACAAGCUGUUUAAACCACUGAAAAAAGCCAGACAUUUUGCACCUCCAGAAAACAAGAUUGCUGCUUGCGAGCUCACGUUGCAGGCCUCUUGCAGAGCAGACACAUCUGCAGAACUGAUGUGUGCGGAAGCUAUCCUUGAUAUUUCCAAAACAAUCAUGCCAUCCCAAAUGGGAAGUGACAACAAAUCACUCGCUGCUGCAGACUCUUUCUUUUCUCCCCAGCUUCUCUCGUCCUCCCGUUGUGACAGCGACAGCAGCCUUGUGGACAGCGAUGAUAGCAUAGAGCAAGAAAUCAGGGCUUUUUUGGCUCUGAAAGCGCAGUCGGAAAGCCUUGGAACAAAGCCGCCCAGCCUGUCACACUCAAUCCAGAUGCCUUUGCCUUCUGAUCAAAACAGCCUCACUGGUACCCUUGGGCCUUCUCUUCCCAAAACCCUGAAGCUGUCACUGAGUCGUAGAAAGAGACUUAAAAGGGAAGAUAGAAUAGCGAAACAAGGGGCAUCAAAACCACCUGAGCAGCUGGAGACAGGACUUUUCCAGCCAGAUAAUUAUCCAAAAUUUCCUGUGCUCCGAGAGGGGUGUGCCCUGAGCAGCCCUGCAGAGCCCUGUGAUGCUCGAAGGCUCAGCAGGCAGCAGCAGCCGAUGUCUUCCAAAUUACCCGGAUCUGUUGGCAGAUGUGUGGCCUUGGACGCUGUAAACCCUUUCGUGCAGGUUCCAAGUAGCGCAGGACAGCUCAUGAAAAGUAGCAUCCAGACUGGAGAGAGGGAUGGCUCGGAUGAGGAGAGCAGUUCUCUCGAUAGUGAUGAGGACCUCGAUAGCGCUAUCAAGGACCUCCUGCGGUCUAAAAGGAAAUUAAAGAAGAAGUCCAAGGAUCAGAAAUCUCAUUACAAGAAGAGAGUACGGUUUAGCAAGGCAGAAACUCAGCUGCUAGAUGAAUUUGGUAGCCUCCAACAAAACGAGUGGAAAUGUAAAAAUCCUGUGCUACUGAAAAGCUGCCUUUCAAAACCCAGAAAGGCUGUGAAAGAGAAUGCAGCCCGAAAUCCUCCAGACAACAUCAAUGUCAAAUUUGCCAGUGAAAAACCAGAAGCCAUGAAGAACUUAGAGUUUAACUUACAGCCUAAAAAAGAAUCUAAACCUAAACCAAUUUCCAACCAGAAUAACCUGCAGGGAGCUAAAAAUAAAAGAUGUGCUUUCACAGCUGCAUCAGACGCUGAUGACAGCAGCUCAGUGGACAGCGAUGACAGCAUCGAACAAGAGAUCAGGAAGUUUUUGGCAGAAAAGGCUAAAGACUCUGCAGGCAAUUCAGAGAUGCAAAAAGAUGAUGCAACUCUAGACCUACUGAGAGUGACCAAACAAACUGCCCAUAAGGGAAAAGCAAAGCCACAGCCGGUGGAAAAUGAGAUUGACCUCAUGCUGGGUCAGGAUAAAAAGCCUGAGGUGUCUCAGCAAACUGAUGAGUUGAAGAACUCGCAGAAAAUGGAAGGGAAAAGUGCAAUUUUACACGGCAGUGGGAAAUCUGCUUCCUCUGCAGAGGUUGCUCAUCUUCAUGCUCCGGGGCAGUCGAAAGCGAAGCAAGGAGUAGGGGAGGUUAAAGGUGCUGCUGGUGGUGAGUUGUCUGGGAACGCGCCAGGUAAAAGGGAUGUCCCUAAUACAGAGCCUGCGCAGAAAACACUUCCUCCUAAACCUAGCAAAAAUGAAGGCUGUAAAUUACGAAAAGUAAUUCAUGCAAAUUCUCGAUCGAAAAGAAAGAAUACCUUUCACCUGAAAAUUUCGAGUAAAUUUAUCGCAGGGCUAAAAUACGCUCGGGACAGGAAGAAAUCCAUUCUUUUGAACAAAAGGCAGAAAGUGGAGCGUUCGCUUGCUCAGAGCAGUGCGUUAGGAACAGAGGUGGCUUCCCAGGACACAGACACAGUAAACCAGGGAAGAGGAGCCCCCUUGACAAAAGGUGAAUUUAAUGGGAAGAGUACAACAGCAAUAAAAGAAGCCAAUUCUUCCCAAAACUUCGCGGUGGAUGCGCCAAGUCCCCGUGUAGCAGAAACCUGUGAGAAACUGGAGACUGCUGCUUUGUGCAUCAAAGAGGAAGGCGAGGGUUGCAGAAAGACAGAUGCUUCAGGGCAGUUGGAUGCACACUCGAAUCUCCCUUCACAGGAACGGAGCACGGCAGCAGUAAAACUGGAUAAGGUUUGCAGAGGAACAUCCAAAUCUGAGCACAUGCAGAUGUGGAUGGAGGAAGGAGAUAGCCACAAAGGCAGCUGGGCUGAUUCAAAAGGUCCCUCACGCCCCGAACACAGUGUGGCAGUGGUAAAAGCAGAUAAAGUUAGCAGACACGUGUCUCAACAGGGUUUACAUGAAGUCAGUAAGGGAGAGGAUAGCCCGCAGGACAGGAGGCCAGAUCCAGGCUUAGGUUGCCCACUGCGGGAACAAAAUGUGACAGCGGUAGCAAAGGAUAAAACCCGUGGAGAAGCAGGCACAAAUAACAGCGUGCAGAUGGGCAGUAAGAAGGAAGAAGUUAUCUGCCAGGACAGUGACAGGCAGGAUGAAAUUCAGGUACCCAGCUCUGGUUUGCAAGGAAAAAUACCUGUGCCACAGGAUAGGGAAACUGCUUGUGAAGUGGACCAAGGACAGGAAGUUUUAGACAAAACCUGUGCAAAAUUUACUGGCAUAGCCGCAGGGGACUGCCCAGAUCCCUUCUUGAAAAGAAAGGUUUGAAAUAUGAGCAGAAAGGGAAGUUAUGAGGAGCUCAAGGUAUUGUUUAGAGUAUAAUAGAAGAAUAGCAGUGAAUUAAAGAGGGCGGUAAACCGAAGUGGUUUCAUGCUGUAG